AACGAACGUCGGCGUCGUUCGAAACAAACAAUAUUACGUACAUGUUCGAGAAUCUACGACCGUCGACUCGUCGUAUAUCCGAUCUCGAAGGAAGAAAGCGAAUAAUUUUAUUUCUAGUAGUUGCGUUGUUGUUGUUGGUGGUGGUGCGGUGGUUGCGACACUUGGUCGUUUUUCCAAAAUUUUCGGUCGUCUGUAUCGAGAACUGCUCUCAAAAACAACCUCAACCAGACGCACUGUUCAACUUGUUUGUACUCGUAAGAAUUGACGACUGGUGCGCGAAUUUUGUACUCGGUAUUCGUACGUUAAUCGCUCAAAUUGCGCCAUCCGUCGACAGUGUUGUGUUGUGUUGAUAAAAAAUUCGGCUACGAUGGUCGUUGAAGUAAUUAAAUCGUAUUUGACGAGACAGCCGUAACCUAAAACGUGUGCUCGAGCAAUAACUACAUUACCUAAGAUAGGUACUCGUAGAAAGGGGGUACUUGGUACUUAUACGCGAAGAUAUGCCAGCCUUCAAUCCUAAAAACAACAGCAGCAGCAGCAGCACGCCGCCGUCGAGUGCCGCCAAUCCGCAACGAACCACGUUUCGGCCACCUUGGGUCAAAGAUGGACCACAACCAAUACCGAUGCCAUCUGCACCCUGGACACCUAGAGUCAGAGACAACGCAAACACCACACCAACGGCCCAGGCUGAAAAACCAACUCUCAGAAAGCAAACAAAGAUAUCAAUUCCUAUCGAGCCGACAGACACGGGAGCUGCACCACGAACGCAGCAUCAAGAGAAAGUGAUCCCAAUCAAAGUGAUAACAGAAAGCUCGGCGGCGACCACACCGAUCAACAAUCAGUCAACGCCGACGGCAAAUUGGAGAAAAGACCGUCCACAAGCGUCUCCUGAGCGGAAUAUAAAUCAAAGGCCUCCUGGCGCAGAACGAAUGACGCCUGUAUCUUCAAAACCACCGACGGCACCGGCACCGCCGCCCCCUCCUCCACCACCUAUGGCUGCGAAUAACGCGCGACCACCGCCUCCACCUCUACCACCGCCUUUCGCUGAUAAUGCACCGCAACAACAAUCCGUCGUGCGAACACCAUUGACCCAAGAAAAAGCGGCAAAAAUAGAAGCACUACGAAGUCGACCUCGUCGAAGACCAGAUUGGUCAGAUAUGAUGAAGGAAGUAGAAAGCGGUAAAAAAUUAAAACACGUUCAAUGUAAUGACCGUAGCGCCCCUGUGCUGCCUGAAGCAAAAGCUAAAGACCAAUUUGUAUACGAAUCUGAGAAAAAAGAAGGCGAUUCCCACAACAAGCUACUGAAACAAAUCCAGUCGGGAGUGAGAUUAAAGAAAGUCAGAACCAAUGACCGUAGUAGACCAAAUUUGGAUGGUUUACGCAAAUUCCGAAAGCAAAUGACCAUCGAAGAACAGAUUCAGAAAUCCGUAUCUAUGGCUGAUGUAGUGGCUGCUGCAGUACAACCCGAUGAAUUAGACGAUAUUGACAAAGUUCGCGAUGACUUGCAAUCAGCCAAGCAGAUGCUCGCAUUAGAGCUUCGUAACAAAGAAGCGAUGGAGCGUGACAACAAAAGGCUAAUCGCUCGAUUAGCUAAUUUGGAAGCGGAGCUAGAAAAAGAAAAGGCUUCAAGAAAGGCAGAGACUCAGAAAGACCACACUCCAAUUCGUACCGAUGAAGAUGAAAAGUUGAUAGUGAAAUUAAAAGAAGAUGCAGCAGAAGCGGAUCGCGUUGCCAAAGAUAUGGAGAACAAGUAUCAUACCACUGCGGAGCAAUUAGACAAUACAAGGCGGAAAUUGGAAAGCGCUUGGUUGCGAAAUCAAGAGUUGGAAUUGCAAUUAAAAUCCAUGUCACAAGGAAAUCCUACCAAUCAACUUAUGAAGCAGCCAUCCAAAAAAUUUAUCCCAAUCGCUAAUGGAGGUUCCGUAGAUUUAAUAUCAGAUAGUGAGGAAGAAAGCGAAACAGAGUCGGAGGAAGAAAGCGAAAACGAAGGCGCAGCCACACAAGAACGACAAAUCGCGAGAGAAAUGAAAUUAUUAACGACGAAACUGAGAACAUUUAGAGAAAAACAAACUGCUUCCCUCAAAGAACGUAGAAUUUUGAGAGACCAGUUGAAGAAAAAACAGAAAGAACUGAAGGGAGAAAAGAAAAAAUACAAGCUGUUACAAAAAGAAGUGGAGAAAAUGGCAAAAUUGAUGAAAGAAACUGAAGAGGGUGAUGAAGAGUAUGACGAAGACGUGCAAGAAGAAGAAGAGGAAAGUGACACAGAAAGUGAGAGCGAAAGUGAAAGUGAAGAAUCGGCUGAUGAAGAAAUACCUCCUAAUGCGACAACUGAAACGAAAAAGAAAAUAUUACUAGAACGAACGAAAAAACAUGAAAACCGAUUAUCUUCGCUGAAAAAAGGAAACAAUUUGAUGAGGGCGAACAUCGAAAGACUGCAAGAUGAUGUAAAUAAACAAAGAGAAAUGUCAUUGACGUUGCAAGAAGACUUGAAUAAUAUUCUCGCGGACUUGGGUUAAAAAUUAAGCCUAAAAGGCACUCGAAAACUUCCUCUCUCCUCUCUCUUGUAACGUGUCACACUCUGACUUAUACUUUACAUUAUCAAGCUCUCGUUUUUUUAUUUUAUUGUUGUACAUUAAGUUAAUGUGUGGAGAUCAUAAUAAAAUUGAUUACGUAUCAUUAUUUUCAUCAAAAA